AUGGGCUGGUUCUGGGCAGAUUCGACCCCCGCUGCGCCCGUCGCACCCCACCCCAUGCCCGCCAACGCCAGUGCCNGCCCCUCCAGAUGUCCCAUGCACAAGCCCGCCGGCGACGCUCCUACCGCACCACCACCCUCGGUCAUCACAAAGCCCACCGACUCGGCCUCAGCAUGCCCCUACGUGCCACCCACCGAUGCCCAAAAGAAGGAACCCUCGGCCGCCUCGCCCUCAUACAUUUCCAAGCUCAACNCCCUCAACUACAUGCCCAAAUCCAUCUCCAACCAACGCGACCAUGACGAACAAAGUGUGGAUCUGCCUUUGGACAGAGAAGCCUCCACAAUCNCCCGCGGCGACGGCCAAGGAAACUGGGAGUACCCUUCGCCACAGCAAAUGUACAAUGCCAUGUUGCGCAAGGGCUACACCGAUACACCCGCCGAGCACGUCGAGUCCAUGGUCGCAGUCCACAACUUCCUAAACGAAGGCGCCUGGCAGGAAAUCGUAGAAUGGGAACGCCGCUUCUCCGCCGGCCUCAAACGCGGCUGGGACGUGUGCAAAAAGGAGAAGAAAAACGCCGGCGUGCUAGCAGAAAUGCUGGCGAGAAAAGACGCCAUGGCCGCGAAUACCGAUACCAAAGACCCCUCGCUUGUGCGCUUCAUGGGCAGGCCUUCAGAGUUGACGCCAAAAGCACGUAUGCUGCAGGUCAUGGGAUGGCUGUAUCCAAGCAAGUACGAGACUGAACCGCCAUUUGAUCGCCACGAUUGGUUUGUGAGACGAGUGCAUCCGGAUGGCAGUGAGAGGGAAAAGAGAUAUAUUAUUGAUUAUUACUCUGGACCCCCCGAGGAGACUGGAGAGCCGGUGUUCUAUCUGGAUGUCAGACCUGCUGUUGAUGGACCGCUGGAUGCUGCUGAGAGGGUUGUGAGGUGGACCGGUGAUGUUUGGUGGAGAGCUAGUGGUGGUAGCGUCAGAGAGGAGUUGGCCAAGUUGAAG